AUGGAUUUGCACGCGGUGUGUGUCGCACACUGCUUUUUGUUUUUGCUGUCUUUGUGGACACCGGCUUCAAUUGCCUUAAGGAACAUCGCAAAUGUUAGUUACUACUAUGAUAUAUCUUUAUUCGACACGAUUGAGAUUCUUCCAUCUGACGAAGAAGACGGUGACGGAUUGUUGAACUUUUCCACCAUGAAUGACGUCUAUGAAUUCAGCAAGAACGAGGGAGGUGCCUUUAUCAACUGA